GCAGCGCCUGCCGGGAGCCACGUCUCCGCUGCCCGGCGCUGGGCUGCGAUUGGCGUCUAGGGGCGAUCCGGGGGCUGCUGGGAAGAUGGCGGACUCGGUGGCCCGCUGAUGAGGAGGCCACGGGGGGAGCCCGACUCCCGGGCCCCGAGACCAACUGAGAGAGUGACCUACGCGGGGCCCGGGGAGUCAUGGUCUCCAUCACCCACCUCCAUGCUUCGAAUCCUGCUCUCUGCCCAGACUUCCCCUGCUCGGCUGUCUGGUCUGCUGCUCAUCCCUCCAGUACAGCCCUGUUAUUUGGGGUCCAGCAAGUCGGGGGACCGGCCUUUUGGAGGAGGCCCUGUGCAAGGCCUUCAACGGCUUCUGGAACAGGCACGGAGCCCUGGGGAGCUGCUGCGAUGGCUGAGUCAGAACCCCACCAAGGUGCGAGCUCAUCACUACCCCGUGGCACUUCGUCGUCUGGGACAGCUCUUGGUGUCUCAGCCUAGGCCCCCUCCUGUGGAGCAGGCCACACUGCGGGACUUGAGUCAGCUCAUCAUCCGAAACUGCCCCACCUUUGACGUUUACACCAUCCAUGUGUGUCUACACCUUGCAGUCUUACUUGGCUUUCCAUCAGAUGGACCACUCCUGUGUGCCCUGGAGCGGGAGCGAAGGUCCCGCCUCCCUCCAAAACCACCCUCCCCACAUCAGCCUGCCGUCCAUGGUGGGCAAAGGUUGGAAACCGCCCUGAGCUGCCCCCAUUUCCUGCGGUACCCUCGUCAGCAUCUGAUCAGAAGCCUGGCAGAGGCAAGGCCAGAAGAAUUGACUCCCCAUGUAAUGGUGCUUCUGGCUCAGCACCUGGCCCGCCACCGGUUGAGGGAACCCCAGCUUCUGGAAGCCAUUGCUCACUUCCUGGUGGUUGAGGAAGCCCAGCUCAAUAGCAAGGUGGUACAGAAGCUGGUCCUGCCCUUUGGGAGGUUGAACUACCUGCCCCUGGAGCAGCAGUUCAUGCCCUGUCUCGAGAGGAUCCUGGCCCGGGAAGCAGGGGUGGCGCCGCUGGCCACAGUCAACAUCCUGAUGUCACUGUGUCAGCUGCAGCACUUUCCCUCCAGAGCCUUGCAGUUCGUCUUCUCCCCCAGCUUCAUCAACCACAUCAGUGGCACCCCUCCUUCUCUGAUUGUGCGACGCUACCUCUCUCUACUCGACACGGCCGUGGAGCUUGAACUCCCAGGGUACCAAGGCCCCCGCCUUCCCCAAAGACAGCGAGUGCCCAUCUUCCCACAGCCCCUCAUCACUGACCGUGCCCGCUGCAAAUACAGUCACAAGGACAUAGUAGCUGAGGGGCUGCGCCAGCUUCUGGGGGAAGAAAAAUACCGCCAGGACCUGACCGUACCUCCAGGCUACUGCACAGACUUCCUGCUCUGUGUUGGUAGUUCUGGUGCUGUGCUACCUGUGAGGACACAAGACCCCUUCCUGCCCUACCCACCACGGUCCUGCCAACAGGACCAGGCUGACUCUAACCCCACAACCCAAGGCUCUACCCAAAGGGUGGUGUUGAUGCUGCGAGAACGCUGGCAUUUCUGCCGUGACGGCAGGGUGCUGCUGGGCUCCCGGGCCCUGAGGGAGCGGCACCUGGGCCUGAUGGGCUACCAACUCCUGCCGCUGCCAUUUGAAGAACUGGAGUCUCAGAGAGGCCUGCCUCAGCUCAAGAGCUACCUGAGGCAGAAACUUCAGGCCUUAGGCCUCCGCUGGGGACCUGAGGGUGGGUGAGGGAGUACACACACAGGGCUCAGGAUGGACCCCCUAUGGGUGGAGGCGGUGCAGCUUGCACUUGGGCUCCCUGUUGGUUUUUACAUUAAAAUCCCUUUCCUUCCCCA